AUGGCAGCUCCGUAUGCUUUCGUCACCCUCUUGACGUCCGAUUUUUACCUUCCUGGCGCCCUUGCCCUCGCCGCAGCACUCAAAGAUAUCCAUCCCUCCCCUGCCAUUCCGCCACAGGUGGAAUUUCAGACAGUCUGCCUAGUCACGCCAGAGACCGUUGAUGUCUCUACAAUCAAACUGCUGCGCAGGGCAUACAAUAUUGUAAUUGGUGUCGAGGUGAUCGCUCAAGAGGACGAUAAGGGCCUCAAAUUGCUGGGUCGGCCUGACUUGAACACGGUCCUCACAAAGCUUCACGUUUUCCGCCUUACGCAGUACUCGAAAAUUGUUUUCCUGGAUGCAGACGUCUUGCCCAUCCGGCCACUUUCGCAUUUAUUUUCGCUUCCAUAUGAGUUUUCUGCAGUACCCGAUGUCGGAUGGCCCGAUAUAUUCAAUUCCGGUGUCAUGGUGUUGUCUCCCGGAGAGGACAAAUUCAGUGAACUAAGCAGCCUGCUCAAAUCGAAGGGAUCGUGGGAUGGCGGAGAUCAAGGCCUGCUUAACGAAUGGAGAGGAGGAAACUGGAACCGACUCAGCUUCACAUACAAUACCACUCCAACGGCCGCAUAUACGUAUGCUCCAGCUUAUGAACGCUUUGGGUCCCAAAUCAAAGCCAUCCAUUUCAUCGGUCCAAAUAAACCUUGGAAUUCAAUUCCCCAUCGUCCACCAUUCUCAGGCCAAGAUUCAUUCACCGUUGCGGAAAUUUCCCGAGCUUACGACUAUACGUCUCUCCUGGAUCGCUGGUUCAAUGUUUAUGACACACAUUAUCGGUCACAGAGCAUUAUCCCGGAGGCAGAGUUCGAAGUCAAGCGAUAUACUUCUGCAUGGAACGAGCAAUCUGGUACGAAAAUCGAAGUGUCUGCUGUCAGCUCAAUAGGACCUGGUAGUCCAUUGGGGUUGGAGGAUUUGAGGCGACUUGCUCUGGAAGGUAUGAGUACAGUGUCGUCCGACAAUCAGACCGGAGAGGGCGAUUACGAAAGUAUGCCACUGGAGGGACGCGUUGACUUGAUGCGUCCUCAACCAGAACCUCAAGAUAAAGCGCAACUCGGCGCCAUCAACCUGACUCGGGAACCGCAAGCAGAAGCUGCACCUUCAACAUCUGUGCAGUCCAACGAUAUCCCGAUAUAUCAUACGCCUACGUCAACAGUGAGCGACAUUCCUCAGCCCAUACCAUUGCAACCAUUUUCGUCGUAUGCGCCUGUCCAACGGCAACCUGAUAAUGUACCCAACGAGACUCCUCGUCCACCAGAACACCAUGGACAACGAGAUGGUCAAGAGCUCCCUCGUCCCGAGGUGCCCCGUUAUCCCAGGGAAGCCCCGAAGCAGCAAACCCGACAGCUGGAACAACGUCCCCUCCAUAGGCCCGCCUCUCCGCCUAAACUUCCUUGGAAUCCUGCGAUCGAACCUCCUCCAACUAUAGCUCCUGCGUCCUCUAAUUUCCCAUCGGACACGUACUUCCCGAAUGUCUGGGAUCAGCAUCCCAGCAAGGUACACGAUCAGGCGCGUCAGUAUCACGCUCCUCAUCAGCAACCAUCUUCACCCACUCCAGACUCCGGUGCAUUCUUCCAACCCCCGCCUAUUCCUGAAAUACCAGAAUCCUUACGGAAACAAGGUUACUACCGCAAUGUUACCGGCGACGAUCACCUUGGAUUCUCACCUAGUCCUGACCGUUCGAAAGUUAAGCCUAUCUUUCCAUGGGAGGGGCUGCCGCGUCAUAUGCCUGGACGUGUGUUUCCUACUUCAGACGCACCCUCCCCAUCCCAGUUCUUGAGUCCGGCAGAGGAGCAACCCUUUCCUCUUGCAGAGCCAUUUUCUCCUCCCUUUCCGUCUCGGUCGCAGACACUUUCUCCUCUACAAGGCUUACCUGUCUCGCUGACAUAUGCCAACGCAUGGGACACUGUACCCAGCAUACAAAAAUAUGCAUCAAGAUUAGUACGACCAUCUGUGUUGCCUUUAGCACCUGCCUUUGAAAGUGACGACUGGCGUCGACACGGAGGGCGCAGUUGGGAUGAUCGUACUGAGGCUAGCAGCCGCGAUGGAGAUGACGAGGAUAACGCCGACGAGGAUGACGAAGCACAAACUCAAGGUCUUUGGGUGGAAGACAGCGACAACGAAACCUUUACUUCCAAAGCUCGAUCGCGGGGAUCUUCUAUUGCUUCAAGCUACGUCAGUAAAGCCAAAAAGAAAGAAUACCGAGUACGUGGCGUUCAGACAAUAUCUCCUGAAAUGCGAAGUCAAGGUGUUCAAGUUGAUACAAUUUCGCAGUCUUCCCCCCAUUCAACUGAUAAACGCUACAGCGGUAGCACCCGAAAACAGUGGGCACCGCUGAGUGUAGCUACUCCGUCAGCACCAGUUGUCGUUAGCCAGGUCAGCGGGGGCCCAGAACUGUCGAUGACGACAACGUUUCCCUCUCCAGUUGGAGACAUGCGCUCUUCACGAGAGUAUGUGUUUCCUGAUACACCAGGCACUGCACGUGCGACCAGGGUGACUUCUGCUGUCUCUCCUCCACCUCUGAGGCAGACUGAAGCAGGAAGCCCCAGCAUCGCACGCCAAUCCUCGAACGAUGGGUCUUCUCUAGCAUCCCCGCCAUCUUCGGUGGGUCCUAUAUCCCCUCCGGACAGUCAGCCCUUUUCUGUUACCUCUGCCCGAAAACCGGGCCGUGUGUUCGAUCCAGCUCGCGGUGUAGAGCUGUUCAAGCGUGGUUCUGAAGAAGUAUUGGCGCGGUUCCUAAAGAUGAGCUCCUGGGAGGAUUAG